ACGUGUAGUUGCCACGUGAACUUUACAAAUUUCAACGUGUGCCUGGACGACCCUUGGGAAGUAAACAGAUCGGAGAACAUAUGCAUAUAAGGUCUUAAAUAUCAUCUAUUAUUAUGACCAGUAGCUUAGUCAAUUGCAUUUACGAGUUUCUUCGGCUUUAGGUUUGUAAUUUGUCAAUUAAUAACGUCCACACUUGCGACUUUCUGUCAUUUUAAGACGAAUUAUUUGUUCUCGCCGGUUGGCUUUCGUUUCUCCUGCAAGAUAGACUGUAUAUUAUUGAAGACGUUUCAUUGAAUGAUUAUCCAUGGGUAAUGAAAGAACUAAGCAACAUUCACGUGAGUUUAAAUCGUUGAUGGUUGAGUGUCGCUUCUAAAAAUGGUAAAACUGUUUUGUCAUCAACUGUUUUUUUCUUUGUCGUAUAAAAAUCUCUUUAGUGGACUAAGUACAAGCAGUUCUUUAUUUGAAUACUUCAAAAUUGAUUUUCGACAACGGCAAAGUCGCGGAUUUGAAGGCAAAAUCAUGGACAAACAUAGGCAUAAGCAAAACGAUCACGCAAUCGAUGAACAACUGAAGCACUUUGAUAAAAUACUGAAAGAACACGGUGAAGAACACAAUGAUUUAACUGCUUUACCUGUGACCACGAUUGAUCAUUCACGUGACGCAGAGUGUCACACUUCAUCUAAGCAACAUUUAAUGCUUGAUAAAAUCAAUGAUAAGAAACUUAACCUUGUGUUAGUUGCUACAUCACUUGAUGAAAAGGAUGUCAUGACUCAACUCAAGAACACACUUGGUUCUAGUAUGAUACCAUUAAAAUUCGGAAAAUGUAAUUCCAUUUGUCAAUUAGCAAUGAACCCAACCGCGCAUAGUGGCCGUCGUUCUCAGGCUAGUAUUGGAUCGCAAGAAAUGAAUACAGAAGAUGUAACUUUUCGCACAAGUGAAAGGGGUAAAAGAGCACGGAGAAUUUCUGAGCCUAAUGAAAAUGCUAAAGAUGGUAAGUAUUGGAAAAGACGAAGUAGCAAUAACGAAUCAGCAAAAAGAUCUCGCGAUGCUAGGAAAGCACGUUUGGAAUGGAUCGAAAAACGAACAAAGGAGCUAGAAAUUGAGAAUGUUGCGUUACGGCAGCAGCUCGAUUCUCUGACGCUCGAGGUUUCAAAGAUGGAAAACUCUUCACAAAGUUCUAAAUGAUUGCUUUCUGAAAUUUGCCUCGUUUCUGUAAAUUAUAGGAACUUGCCUGAUAAAGUUUGCGUCAUUUCUGUAAAUAAAAUAAACUUGAAAUGUUUUGUUUUAAAUGCCAAUGAAAUGUUAUACACAGCAAUUUUAAGCUGCUCGACAUUUCUAAGAACAAUUGCUUUCUGUGAAAUUGUAUUCUUGUUUGUUUUUCAAUUUGACUGUGCAAGUGUAGAAGUGUAACAGUGUUAAUAGCCUUACGCAAGUUUUCUAUAUUUAUGGUGUAAGUGGCCACAUAAAUCCUCUUUAGCUCAAAGCGACGUUCAUAAUUUUGGAGACACAUAAUACAACCAGAACUGUUAGUAGAAUAUAGGAGUUGGUUACGAACGCCCUAGCUCUGUGGCAUAUCAAUUGACAUAGGUCAACUAUUAUGACUGAAAUUAAACAUAGCAGAAUUGGCA